GUGAGUGCUGAAGAGUUUGAUGACAUAGACGACUGAAUUUCUUUGUUUACAGUACACGUUAUGAACCCUUUGUGGAGCAUGUCUACAAGCUCUGGACGCAAACGAUCAGAUGGUGAAGAGAAGACAUUAAUGGGGGACGUGAAAAAUAGUCCUCCAAGAACUGCACCAAAAAAACAGUUGCCUUCUAUUCCCAAAAAUGCUUUGCCUAUAACAAAGCCUACAUCUCCUGCCCCAGCAGCACAGUCAACAAAUGGCACACAUGCUUCUUAUGGACCCUUCUACCUGGAAUACUCUCUUCUUGCAGAAUUUACCUUGGUUGUGAAGCAGAAGUUGCCAAGCGUCUAUGUGCAGCCAUCUUAUCGCUCAGCAUUAAUGUGGUUUGCAGUAUUCAUAAGGCAUGGGCUUUAUCAAGAUGGCGUAUUCAAGUUUGCAGUUUACAUCCCUGAUAACUACCCAGAUGGUGAUUGCCCACACUUGGUGUUUGAUAUUCUGGUCUUUCACCCGCUAGUUGAUCCCACUUCAGGUGAACUAGAUGUGAAGAGAGCAUUUGCAAAAUGGAGGCGGAACCACAAUCAUAUUUGGCAAGUUUUAAUGUAUGCAAGGAGAGUCUUCUACAAGAUUGACACAUCAAGCCCCCUAAACCCAGAGGCUGCAGUACUGUAUGAAAAAGAUGUUCAUCUUUUUAAAAGUAAAGUGCUUGACAGUGUUAAGGUGUGCACUACUCAUUUGUUUGACCAGCCUAAGAUAGAAGACCCCUAUGCAAUUAGCUUUUCUCCAUGGAAUCCUUCUGUACAUGAAGAAGCCAGAGAGAAGAUGCUGACUCAGAAAAAGAAGCCUGAAGAACAACAAAAUAAAAGUGUUCAUGUUGCUGGCCUGUCAUGGGUAAAGCCUGGUUCAGUACAGCCUUUCAGUAAAGAAGAGAAAACGGUAGCAACUUAAGAGAUGGUGAAUCUGGUGCACCAUGCACUUUCCUGCUGGACUCUGGCCUAAUUAAGCUGACUAAUGGCAAAGGACUGCCUGAAGAGUAAAUGGUGUGAACAGUGACUGGUUAUCAGUGUUUUCCAUGUAUGCAUAGGUUCUAACAGCAGGUUGUGGAAACCUCUCAUUAGGUGAUGCGUUACUUCUGUCAGAAGUGUCUUAGCGUGGUUAUCUAAUACAGUACUCCAAAUUAUUGGGGACCUUGAGGCUUAAGUAUUUUUAUGAAUAUAAUGCUGAAGGUAAGUUGCAUUCAUUUAAACUAAUAGAGCAGAUGGAAAUCAGCACUAUUUAAUAGUUUUUAAGUCAGUUUUGGUUGUAUAUAUGUUAGGAUAUGGAGAGACAGCUGUAGAAAGAGCAGGUUGCAGAGUUUGGCACUUUCAAGUGGAAGAUUGAAUUUCAGUCUUUAGCCUACUGUCUUAAUUGAUUUAUAAACUGCUAUGUCUGAGAAGCAUAUUAGAAGUGAGAAGAAACCAGAAUGCUUGUUCAUAGUGGGUUUUUCUAAAAAGCAAAUUACUGUAUUUUUAUGGCAGGAGGGAGAGAAAGUGUUAAAACAGUUUCUAAUGAAGUAAGAUAUUUAAAUGAUGAAUGACUAAUGUGUUUAGUAGAGACAAUAAACCAAUAA